AUGGCAGGCGGCGCUGCUGGGGUUGAGGCCGGCGCGUUGGCUCUGGAUGAGAGGACGAUGUCAGCUCGUGGUCCUUUUUCUGUUUGUUCCAUGAUGAAGUGGCCGGAAAGAGGUCCGGAUGUGUUUUCCCAAGCUCGGCGCUGCCGGUCUUUGAAAUGUUAUGGGUGGGGAAAUUUCAAAGUUCUCGGGCUGUCUUUGGUUGUCUUGGGUUCUUGCAAAUAUGGCAUUUAUUUGCUCCGGUUGCGAGCACCAAGACUUUUGGUGAUUUUGGAAACGACAACAAUUGAAUACUUUACAACUCUCGAAUUCCAGCCCAUACAGAGGCAUAUCCCGUUUAUGCAAUUGCCUACUGCGGCUCCCGAAAUUUUUCAAGACAACCGCUCUUGGCCAGGUACUUCCAGGCUCACCCCAGGGCUGGUAAAUCUCUCCUCAAUGUGUACGCACCUUAGUUGUGGUGAACUAGUUGCGGAUCCCCCAGCUGCCAGAGCAGAGAUGCCGGGCAACGAAGCUAUGGCUUCGCUUGUAGUCGUAGACGUCGAGUUCGGUCGGGAGAUGGGUUCAAGAGUUAAUAAAGGCAAUGAAGAAGGUCCGUCCUCCAUGACUGAUCGAAUCGGCGGCAGAACCGGUGAUGCAACGUGUGCACUUAUAGGUAUCGGAGCAACAAUCGGUGGCAGACUGUUCCCCAGCGCGUAUGUCAAUGCGGAAGCCGUGACUGCGAAUGUCGGAAGCCUCGAGUAA